GUCAAUACUGUCAUUCACUUUUUGUGGUUUCUCGAACGGGCGAAAUGUCUGAAACUGCCGGAGAUAAUUCAAAACUACGAGUCUUGGUCCUAGGAGGGUGCGGUUUCAUCGGCCGGAACCUCGUGGAGUACCUGGUGACCAAUGACUUGGUGAGCUCCUUGCGUGUGGUGGACAAAACUCCACCACAGCUCGCGUUUCUGAACCCGGCACAUACUAAAGUUUUCGAAGACCCCCGCGUAGAAUACAAGAGUGCGAAUCUCAUCAACCCGACAUCAUGCGCCGCGGCGUUAGACCCCGGCGAUGCCCCGUGGGGUUUGGUAGUGAACUGUGCUGGGGAGACGCGGGGUGGGCAGACAGAAGCGGUGUACGCUGAGGGCAUCGUCACGCUCAGCGCCAACGUGGCUAGGCAGUGCGCCAAGAUGACUGCGCGGCUCGUCGAGAUCUCCAGCGGCCAUAUGUAUAGUACUGACAAGCCGCACAAGGAAGAUGGCCCAGUGGACCCGUGGACGGUGGAGGGGCGAAUGAAGAGCAAAGUGGAGAAGGAGUUGAAGAGGCUGGAGCCUGACCUGAACUACACCGUCAUACGACCAGCCAUCGUGUACGGCAUUGGGGACAGGAGGAGUCUUACUCCACGGCUCCUCUAUGGUGGCAUAUACAAGCACCUAGGGGAGACAAUGAAGCUGCUGUGGACAGCCGACCUGAAGAUGAACACAGUCCAUGUGAGGGACGUGUGCCGCGCUAUAUGGACCCUGGGCAACCGGCCUGAGGCCAGACACCAAACUUACAACGUCGUGGACGAAGCCAACAGCACUCAAGGGAGCCUCGCUGAGCUGGUCUCCGAGAUAUUUGGCAUCAAUCAUGACUACUACGGUACUGCAAUCUCUACUUUGGCCAAGAACGACAUAGCGUCAGUGGCGGAGGAGGCUAACGACAAGCACCUGACGGCGUGGGCGGCCAUCUGUCGCGCGUACAGCGUGCAGCACACGCCACUGGAGCCCAGCGCCGGCGCCGAGCUGCUGCUCAACAAGCACCUCUGCCUGGACGGCAGCCGCGUGCGGGACCUCGUGCCGCUGGACGUGCCCAAACCCACCAAGGAUAACUUGCUUCAGGUGUUGGAAGACUACGCUUCGAUGAAUCUCUUCCCAAAAGAACUCCUGCUAUGACCACAGACAACGUAAACACCACUUACACAACCCCAAAACCAAGUCAAUUUGUGUAAACCCACGCUUAUGAUACGAUUACUUUGCUUGUGUAUAGUUAUGUAUGGUCUAAGAAGACCAGGUAUGCUCAAAAGAGACAGCUAACAUUUCAAGGUUAGCCCAGCUGACGUCAUCCCACCCUGCGUUGCCAUUUCGGUAAAAAUAAAUUACCCACGACCAAUGUUUUUAAUUUACUUUGUAAGGAAAUUUUGAACUUUUAGCAAAAGAUUUACCUACAGUUUUAAUAUUUUUUAUAUUUUGACAAGUAAUAGUAAUUAAAUACAUAAGUAAUUCAAUUAAUUAGUAAUUCAAUUUUCAAUAAUAAAUUAAAGCACAUAAUAACGGGUUCUUACCGCGUUUAAAUGGGGAUAUGGAGACUUCAAUAAUAAAAUUUACGUCCUUCGAAUGUUGGAGAUACCAAUAUUACCAAUUUAAUGGUAACACUUAGGUUCGUCAUCAAAGGGCUAGCAAUGGCGGCUUGUCAUAGGAUUGAGCAUACGUGAUUUUCUUGUGCCAUGGUAUUAUGAAUGGAUUUUUAACUCUAAGUGUAACCCGAUUUUUAAAAUAUAAACAGUGUACGUCCCUCUGCUCGGCACAUGCCUCCCCUCGUCCAUUAAACAGAGUAUCUUCGUUUUAUAGUAAAAAACACGGGAGCGACUCUUUGAAAGAUCACAUUUUUGUGUAAUUACACCCUACUACUCUUCAACAAAAACUCUAUUUAUUUAAAUUAAUAUCAAUACUUAACCUGUAUUGGGCUGGUUUUCCCUUCUGGUUGGAAGGCCAGACAGGCAGUCGCUUUUGUAAAAAACUAUACCUGUCAAAUCUUCAGGUAAGGUUAGCGGACCCUGAGAAAAAUGUUGAUUUCAAUUAUUGUCAAUUUGGGUAAAGUUUAAACCACGAAUUUUUACUAAGCGUAACCAUUGCGAGGUUUUGUUAACAAAAAUCACAUUCGAAAGAUUUUUUAAAAAAGGCGAUGGUAUGGAGUAUGGAGCAUACUCCACCACGCUAUCAUAAAAUAAAGAAUAAUACUACGCAUGGAACGGUAACUCUCCCCUCGCACCAAUUCGUAUCGGGCGCCUGAUUAGAUUCACCUCACCCGCGGUCUUACUUUAGUCUAGUUGACCGUAAACCGCUAAGGAGUAAAAGAGCGCGCGGAAUAUGUCUCCCUCGCACUUAUGCGGAAGGCGGCACACGGUGACAAUGGGAUUUUUGUUUGUAACAUUACUCUAAUACGGGUCAACUUAGUUGUUUUUCGAAAUUGACUCCACCGAUGAACCUGGGGCAUCUUCAGUGGCCAAGGUGUCUAGCCAUUGCAUUGCUCUGCAGAGGUCGUAUAAAGAAUAAUGAAUGGUCGAAAUUAUGUCGUAAUUCUAGAUUUUGAAUUUCCAACUGUAAUCCAAUUUCGUACGUAUAUUUUUAAUUCUACCGCAUUUCUGUGAUAGAUGUAAUCAGUGAGAACUUACUUUAUAACUUACUCUCGGAAAAAAAUCUUGGCAAAAAGUAUUUUUGUAAAAAAAUCAAUGGACAAUAAGAUAAACGAAAUUGAGAUUUAGAACAAAAUGAUACUUACCACUAGUUUGUAAGGGAAUUAAGACUGGUAAUACCAAAAAGCAAUACUAAGGAUUUUGCUUUUUACUAAAUUUUUCUAACUUCGAAAUUUGUAAAUCAAUCUUUUCGGGUAAAUUAACAGUAACAUAAACAGCCUAUAUACGUCACAGACUUCCCCUCAACCACACAAGUCCACUGCAGGUUAGUGGAAACCUUAUCAAAUAUAAACUUGCAAUGGUGCUAAUUCCUGUAAACACCCAUCUAAUUUUAAGUUAUACCUGUCAUUUUCUUAUCCGCCGAAAAGGAAAGGGAUGGGUAAUCGACAAGCAUACAAUUUAUGGAACACACUUCAAUUUUAAGCACAAAUCUAAAACAACCGUCUAAACAUUUUACAUUGGCCAAUAACCCGACAAUUAUGUUGACAGCACACGUCAAACGGUUUGCAUACCAGCGAAAUACCUUUUUGAUUCGCCGGGGUUAUUCAUUCACUUACUCAUUCUUCCUAAAAUUAAUAGCUGUGAAUCAUCCGUCCCUCUCCUUUUCGGCGGUUAAGAAAAUGACAGGUAUAACUUAAAGUUAAAUUAGGAGGUGCCUGCAGGAAUCGGGGCCAAUAUUACCAUAAAGUGACACGUAGAAUGCGAACACAACGCAUACGAAAUAACCCGAAAGUGCAGGCUAAAGUUACGCGACAAUUUGAGCGGAAUCUAUA